AUGGCCGCUGUGGCCGUCCUCCGGAACGACUCACUGCAGGCCUUCCUCCAGGACCGCACCCCCAGCGCCUCUCCGGACCUGGGCAAGCACUCGCCCCUGGCGCUGCUGGCCGCCACCUGUAGCCGGAUCGGCCAGCCGGGAGCUGCGGCGGCACCCGACUUCCUUCAGGUGCCCUAUGACCCAGCGCUCGGUUCACCCUCCAGGCUUUUCCACCCGUGGACUGCCGACAUGCCCGCGCACUCGCCGGGCGCCCUGCCGCCCCCACACCCCAGCCUGGGGCUGACGCCACAGAAAACACACCUGCAGUCGUCCUUCGGGGCAGCUCACGAGCUCCCGCUCACGCCCCCCGCGGAUCCGUCGUACCCUUACGAGUUCUCGCCGGUCAAGAUGCUGCCCUCGAGCAUGGCGGUUCUGCCUGCCAGCUGCGCGCCCGCCUACGUGCCCUACGCCGCGCAGGCCGCGUUGCCCCCGGGCUACUCCAACCUGCUGCCCCCGCCGCCGCCACCGCCUCCACCACCCACCUGCCGCCAGUUGUCCCCCGCCCCAGCUCCGGACGACCUCCCCUGGUGGAGCAUCCCGCAGUCGGGCACAGGGCCCGGGGGCUCCGGGGUUCCAGGGACCAGCCUCUCCAGCGCCUGUGCCGCGCCUCCCCACGCUCCCCGCUUCCCUGCCUCGGCUGCCGCUGCUGCAGCGGCUGCUGCUGCCCUGCAACGGGGUCUAGUGUUGGGCCCGUCGGACUUUGCACAGUACCAGAGCCAGAUCGCCGCGCUGCUGCAGACCAAGGCCCCCCUGGCGGCCACGGCCAGGAGGUGCCGCCGCUGCCGCUGCCCCAACUGCCAGGCGGCUGGCGGUGCCCCCGAGGUGGAGCCGGGCAAAAAGAAGCAACACGUGUGCCACGUGCCAGGCUGCGGCAAGGUGUACGGCAAGACGUCGCAUCUGAAGGCGCACCUGCGCUGGCACACGGGCGAGCGGCCCUUCGUGUGCAACUGGCUCUUCUGCGGCAAGAGCUUCACGCGCUCGGACGAGCUGCAGCGGCACCUGCGGACUCACACGGGCGAGAAGCGCUUCGCCUGUCCCGAGUGCGGCAAACGCUUCAUGCGAAGCGAUCACCUCGCCAAGCACGUGAAGACGCACCAAAAUAAGAAGCUCAAAGUCGCGGAGGCAGGGGUAAAGCGGGAGAACCCGCGGGACCUAUGA